AUGAAGCUCCUCAAACUUUUCUCGAUCCUGGUUGCUUUGGCGGGUAAUGUCUUGGCUGCUUCCCGAACUUCCCCGCCCUCUGGGUCUAUUGUGGUUGCUAAGUCUGGCGGCCAAUACACAUCUCUCCAAGCUGCCGUUAACUCCAUUUCAACGAGUUCCACUGAAACUAGCAUAAUAUUCAUCCAGCCAGGAACUUACUCAGGACAGGUUUCAAUCCCCAACUUGAAGGGAAAGCUAGUUAUCUACGCCUACACUACCAAUGACCAGGACUAUUCCAAGAACCAGGUCACCCUGACCAACACGUUAUCAGCUGCUGAUGCUGGAAGCAACGACCUCUCUGCUACCCUGCGCGUUGCCACAAGCUAUUUUAGUCUUUACAACGUCAACCUUAUAAACGGAUACGGCAAGGGCUCGCAGGCUUUGGCUGUUUCUGCUAACGGUCAGUACCAAGCAUACUACGGCUGCAGCUUCGUUGGGUACCAGGACACCAUCUACACGAACAAGCCCCACCAGGUCUACAAGAACAGUUACAUCGAGGGUGCUACUGAUUUCAUCUUCGGCAACGAUGGAAACGCCUGGUUUGAGAAAUGCAUAAUCGCCAUCAACGGCGCCGGAUAUAUCACCGCUAGCGGUCGUGAUAGUGCUGACGCCUAUUGGUACGUUAUAAACAAGGCGAAGAUCGCUGCCAAGUCAGGCGCUGGUGUCUUAAAAGAAUCUACGGUUCUCGGUCGCCCUUGGAGGGAGUAUGCGCGUGUGGUUGUGCAAAACUCGGAAUUGAGUGAUGUUGUCAAACCCGUCGGAUGGUCUGCAUGGGGAACUAACCCAACUGCAAACGUCUACUAUGCUGAAUUCGGCAAUACUGGAACAGGCGCGAGCGGCACUCGUGUGAGCUGGGCGAAGAAGCUGUCAAGUGCUGUGUCCAUCGACACUAUCUUGCCUGGGUGGACCUCUUGGGUUGACGUAGGCUACUGGAACUCUUCUUGA